CUUAUUAUAGGAGGUCAACAGAUAAGGCAUUCCAUACAUAUAAACCACACCAUCACUGUUCUGGCCUGGGGCACAAAGACAUUCACACAGCACCGACAUGGCCAGCAAGAAAGCAGCCGCCAAGAGCAAGGCUGCUGCCAAGCGUUCACAGAGAGGCUCUUCCAACGUCUUCUCCAUGUUUGAGCAGUCUCAGAUACAGGAGUUCAAGGAGGCUUUCAGCUGCAUUGAUCAAGACCGAGAUGGCAUCAUUAAAUUGCAGGACCUCAAGGAAACCUAUGCGCAGCUAGGGAAGCUGAACAUGAAGGACGAGGAGCUGCAGGAAAUGCUGGCUGAGGGCAAAGGUCCCAUCAACUUCACUGUCUUUCUCACUCUUUUUGGAGAGAAACUCAAUGGCACCGACCCAGAGGAUACCAUCGUUGCCGCCUUCAAACUUUUCGACCCAAACGGCACAGGCUUCGUCAACAAGGAUGAGUUCAGAAGACUGCUGAUGAAUCAGGCUGACAAAUUCACGGCUGAGGAGGUGGACCAGGCCUUCUCUGUCGCUCCAAUUGACGUCAGUGGCAACAUUGACUACAAGUCCUUGUGUUAUAUCAUCACACAUGGAGAUGAGAAGGAGGAAUCAUGAAAACAAACAGCAUCCUCGCCCUCAAAGAUGCACAAGAACUCCUGCAGCUACUUUACAAUGGGUUUUUUUCUGUCAGGCAAAGGUGAUUUUGGGUCGUAAAAAAUCUUUUCAAUUUUGAAAUGCAGUCAACGGUUUGAAGAGCGAUAAUAAAAUAUGUGUUCUAAUACAA